GAAAAUAAAAAAUCCAAUUAUAUCCUUUCCCAAAUCCUCGAUCUUCAAUAUAUAUUUCACAAAAGUAAGAUAAUAAAUAAUAAUAUUACAUAUCAUCGGAAAUGUUGUCAACGGAGCAGUUAAUGAUGGGCGAUGGCGUUGGAGGACCACGUUACGUGCAGAUGCAAUCGGAACCACCGGAACCUUCUAGGCUGUCAUAUUCAUUUCGCGAGGAUAAUAGUCAUGAAUCGACUCGAAUAUUCGAUGAGUUGCCUCAGGCUACAAUCAUCCAAGUCUCUCGUCCCGAUGCCGGUGACAUUAGCCCUAUGCUUUUAACAUACACAAUUGAAGUCCAAUACAAGCAGUUCAAGUGGCAAUUGGUGAAGAAAGCCUCGCAUGUAUUUUACUUACAUUUUGCAUUAAAGAAGCGUGCAUUCAUUGAGGAGAUUCAUGAGAAGCAAGAGCAGGUCAAAGAAUGGCUUCAAAACUUGGGGAUAGGAGACCAUACAGCUGUAAUUCAAGAUGAGGAUGAACCUGAUGAUGAGGCUAGUCCUCUGCGUGCUGAUCCUCUGCGUGCUGAGGAAAGUGCCAAAAGCAGAGAUGUUCCGUCUAGUGCUGCUUUGCCAAUAAUUCGGCCAACCAUCGGAAGGCAACAUUCAAUGUCAGAUCGAGCAAAGACUGCUAUGCAGGGUUACUUGAAUCACUUUCUUGGAGAUAUAGAUUUUGUCAAUUCCCAGGAGGUUUGCAGGUUUCUGGAAGUUUCAAGAUUAUCCUUUUCUCCAGAGUAUGGUCCUAAGCUAAAAGAAGACUUUAUUAUGGUGAAGCACUUACCAAAAAUUCAAGAUGACGAUGAUAUUCGGAAAUGUUGUUCAUGUCAGUGGUUUGGUUGCUGUAAAGACAACUGGCAGAAGGUCUGGGCUGUAUUAAAACCUGGAUUCCUGGCUUUCCUCAAAGAUCCAUUUGACCCCGAACCGUUAGAUAUAAUAGUGUUUGAUGUGCUACCAGCCUCCGAUGGCAAUGGAGAGGGUCGCGUUUCUUUAGCAAAAGAAAUAAAAGAUGGAAACCCUUUACGCCACUAUUUUAGGGUGUCUUGUGGUACAAGGUGUAUCAAACUGAGGACCAAGAGCAAUGCUAAGGUUAAAGACUGGGUAGCAGCAAUUAAUGAUGCAGGGCUUAGGCCACCUGAGGGAUGGUGUCAUCCUCACAGGUUUGGUUCUUAUGCUCCUCCUAGGGGUUUGACAGAGGAUGACAGUCAGGCUCAGUGGUUUGUUGAUGGUGAAUCAGCAUUUGAAGCUAUAGCUUUGGCUAUUGAAGAAGCAAAGUCAGAGAUCUUUAUAUGCGGCUGGUGGGUGUGCCCCGAACUUUAUAUGCGACGUCCCUUUCACACUAAUGCAUCCUUCCGGCUUGAUGCUUUACUGGAAGCCAAAGCAAAACAAGGUGUUCAGAUCUACAUCCUUCUGUACAAAGAGGUUGCUAUUGCUUUAAAAAUCAACAGUGUGUAUAGCAAGAGAAAGCUGGUAGGCAUCCAUGAGAAUGUCAGGGUGCUGCGUUAUCCUGAUCAUUUCUCAAGCGGUGUGUAUCUAUGGUCCCAUCAUGAAAAAAUUGUCAUUGUUGACCACCAGAUUUGCUUUCUCGGAGGACUGGACCUGUGCUUUGGUCGUUAUGACUCACCCGAACACAAAGUGGGUGAUUGUCCACCUCUUAUAUGGCCUGGAAAAGAUUAUUAUAAUCCAAGGGAAUCUGAACCAAAUUCCUGGGAAGACACCAUGAAGGAUGAAUUAGAUCGGAAAAAGUAUCCACGUAUGCCAUGGCAUGAUGUCCAUUGUGCCCUCUGGGGACCGCCGUGCCGUGAUGUUGCUCGACACUUUGUUCAGCGCUGGAACUAUGCAAAGAGGAACAAAGCUCCUCAUGAGCAAGCAAUUCCGCUACUUAUGCCUCAGCAUCACAUGGUUAUUCCUCAUUACAUGGGAAUGAAUGGUGAGAGAGACAAUGGAAGUAAUGGUGUUGCACGUCCUCAUAAAAGUAUCAAAAGACAUGAUUCGUUUUCUUCAAGAUCUUCUUCCCAAGAUAUUCCUUUGCUUAUGCCUCAGGAAGCUGAAGGGGGGGAAAGUUUUAAGGAGGAACUAAAAAUAAAUGGCUUCCAUACAGGGCAUAGUUUUCAUGAUCAGCGGAGCAGGUCUAGCAGAAUCCCAUUCUCUUUCCGGAAGUCCCGAGUAGAACCUCUAGUUCCAGAUUUGCCAAUGAAAGGAUUUGUGGACGAGUUGGAUCAGAAUCUGGUGCAGCCUGGCAUGAAGAAGUUGGACAAAGAUUGGUGGGAAAAACAAGAGAGAGGUGAUCAAGUUGUUUCACCUGAAGAAAAUGGGCAAGUAGGUCCUCGUGUUUCGUGUCGUUGCCAGGUUAUAAGGAGCGUCAGUCAAUGGUCAGCUGGAACAAGCCAAACUGAAGAAAGCAUACACAAUGCUUACUGCUCCCUUAUCGAAAAGGCUGAACAUUUUGUUUACAUAGAGAAUCAAUUUUUCAUUUCUGGUCUAUCUGGGGAUGACAUUAUAAAAAAUCGUGUUUUGGAAGCACUGUACAGGCGUAUUAUGCGAGCUUAUAAUGAAAAGAAGUCCUUCAGGGUUAUCGUUGUGAUACCACUUCUACCUGGCUUCCAGGGUGGUUUGGAUGAUAAUGGUGCUGCUUCAGUUAGAGCUAUUAUGCAUUGGCAAUACAGAACAAUAUGCAGAGGAUCUAAUUCAAUAUUACAUAAUCUUAAUGAUCUCAUGGGCUCUAGAAUGCACGACUAUAUAUCAUUUUAUGGUCUCAGAGCUUAUGGAAGACUCUUUGAUGGCGGUCCUAUUGCAUCUAGCCAGAUAUAUGUGCAUAGCAAGAUCAUGAUAGUUGAUGACCACACAGCCUUGAUUGGAUCUGGAAAUAUAAAUGACAGAAGCUUGCUUGGUUCAAGAGACUCUGAGAUUGGUGUACUUAUCGAGGACAAGGAGUUUGUCGAUUCAUUCAUGGGAGGCAAGCCAAGAAAGGCCGGAAAAUUUGCAUUAAGUCUUCGCCUUUCGCUAUGGUCUGAGCACCUUGGUCUUCGUACUGCCGAGGUUGGUCAAAUUAAGGACCCUGUGGUUGAUCCAACGUACAAGGAUAUUUGGAUGGCAACUGCUAAGACAAAUACCAUGAUAUACCAAGAUGUUUUUUCUUGCAUACCCAACGAUCUGAUGCAGUCCAGGGCUUCACUCCGACAAUGCAUGGCAUUCUCGAAAGAAAAACUUGGUCAUACGACUAUUGAUUUAGGGAUAGCUCCAAGCAAGCUAGAAUCUUAUCAGGAUGGAGAUAUCGAGGGUAUAGAUCCCAUGGAGAGAUUAAAAGCUGUGAAAGGUCAUCUUGUUUCCUUCCCUUUGGAUUUUAUGUGCAAAGAAGAUUUAAGACCUGUGUUUAAUGAAAGUGAGUACUAUGCAUCAGCUCAAGUUUUUCAUUAAAUCUUUUCCUCUAAUGGACCAUGAAAAUCAGAAAAAUUAUCAUUUGUCUCAGUGAGCGAUGCUUUCUACAGAAAAUAUAUAGGACGCCAUUUCAGAGCAUAUAAUUUUCCGCUUUCUUAUUUUACUGUGUUCUGUAUCAUAACAUUGUACAAAAGCGGCAACACACUUCAGGAGCUAUUUGUUGAAUACUGAGGAAGGUGCAAACAUACUAAGAUAAGCUUAUGUAACUAGCAAACGUGGAUAGAAUUGUGGAUACUGUGUUCACUUAGGCCAAUGGGUUCACACUUCACAAGCUCAGAGGUCAAUUUGACUGUUGGAUUUGGACCUGUGACGCAUGGUUCAUGGCGGAGUGCUUUGAGCUACUAGCGGCACCGUGUCUCCAUAGGAUCUUUUCCAAUUGUUUCAGUUCUAACUGGACAUUUUGGGUAGAUGAGGUCUCUAUUGCCUCUAUAGUAAAUAGUUUUUUGGCUACAUUCUCCAUACCCACGCAUUUGUGAUUGGACGCUAUAGAAGCUGUUUCAUGUUCACUUAUAUUCAUGCAAUGUAUAGAGAUAAUGCAGACUCUGCAUUACUCUCUUCUCAGCAAUUUCUAGUUAUGAGUCCCGGGUUUUGCUUUGGGAAGCACUUUAGGUUGUAUAAUCAAUUCGUAUAAUUUGUUUGAUACUAUUCUUGUAUCUUUUAAUUGUAAGGAAUAAGGAUCAUGGUUGUGCAGUAUUCA